AUGGAAGCUACAUCAGCGACAACCUUUUCAAUUGGCUCAACCGCAUCCUUUGGCCCCAAAAUGAGCCUCAAUCCGCAAUCGAAGGCCUGGGGUGUGAGGUUCAAUCCCCAGAACAGUCUUAAGAGUUUCUCUGGCCUCAAGACGGCAACAGGGUCAUCAUUGUUGGGGAAGGCCCUGAAACAAAAUCAGACACCGGGGAAAACCUUUCGACCCCAGGCUUCUUACAAAGUAGCAAUUCUUGGAGCAGCUGGUGGGAUUGGUCAACCACUAGCGCUUUUGAUCAAGAUGUCCCCAUUGGUUUCAGCACUCCACCUUUACGAUAUAGCAAAUGUCAAGGGAGUCGCUGCUGACCUCAGCCACUGCAACACUCCCUCCCAAACAUUGGACUUCACUGGAGCUUCUGAACUGGGCAGUUGUCUAAAAGGCGUUGAUGUUGUUGUUAUCCCAGCAGGAGUUCCAAGAAAACCGGGUAUGACUCGCGACGACCUAUUCAACAUAAAUGCCAACAUAGUGAAGAACUUGGUUGAGGCUGUAGCGGAUAACUGUCCGGAUGCCUUCAUCCACAUUAUAAGCAACCCAGUUAACUCAACAGUUCCCAUUGCGGCGGAGGUUUUGAAGAAGAAGGGGGUGUAUGAUCCGAAAAAGCUCUUUGGUGUCACGACUCUUGAUGUGGUUAGGGCAAACACAUUUGUUGCCCAGAAGAAGAACUUGAGGAUUAUUGACGUUGACGUCCCGGUGAUUGGAGGACAUGCAGGGAUUACUAUUUUGCCUCUGCUGUCAAAAACGAAACCUUCGGUUAGUUUUACGGAUGAGGAAAUUCAACAGCUAACCGUCAGGAUUCAAAAUGCGGGGACUGAGGUUGUGGAGGCGAAGGCUGGGGCGGGGUCUGCGACCCUGUCAAUGGCUUAUGCAGCGGCGAGAUUCGUCGAAUCGUCUCUCCGUGCUCUUGACGGAGAUAGCGAUGUCUAUGAGUGUUGUUUUGUAGAGUCUGAAAUCACUGAUCUUCCAUUCUUUGCAUCGAGGGUGAAGCUUGGGAAGAAAGGAGUUGAGGCAGUCAUUUCUUCUGACCUCCAGGGAUUGAGUGAGUUUGAGCAGAAGGCUCUGGAAGCCCUCAAGCCGGAACUGAAGGCUAGUAUUGAUAAGGGCAUUGAAUUUGCCAACAAGCAGACGGUGGCUGCAUGAGGAGUUUGAUGGCUGAAGGCAUGCUUGGAGGCACGGGAAUAAUGUAAGUUUGGACUUAAUGUGGUGGAUUCAUUUCUAGGCCAAGUUUUGUAGAAUGCUUGAAAGUUUUGUCUUUCCUGAUUUCUUUUGUGUUGAAGUGCUUUCGUUAAAGGAAACCCCGGGAGUGGGUAAAGUAGUGUUGUAGACUUCUGUUCUGAUCGGCAGUAGGUCGAUAACAUAACUGGUGCAUUAUGGCACUGAGAAGUGAGAACCUUGAUAUGAGUUUAAGUAGUUAAUAAUAUCUGUGGUACCGAAGGUCUUGACUA